UUUCCGCGCCUAUGCAGUAGAUUUCUUUCUAGGUAGUCACAUCACGCCCUUUGGCGGACACGCCUAUGGGCUAAUACGCCCUUUAACCAACAUGGACGCCCUUUGGCCAACACGACCUUAUAUCCGUUGCUUCGGGCAGUGUUCUAGUUUCGGUACAGUGAAAGCGGCAGUCAUUUUCAUUGCUUGAUGUCAACAUCCAAGAAGCUUCGAUCCACAGGUUGACCUGACUCGCCAACUUGCGCAUGAACAACAUAGCAACCGAGAGACUCACUGUCUACUAACACCAACAACACCAAGAUGGCGCCCAACUACAAGAUUGCUCUGAUUCAGUUUCAACCAAAGGACGUCGCCGUCGAGGAAAACUUCCAAAAGGCAGAGUCCUACAUCCGCAAGGCGGCCUUGGGAGGUGCCCAACUUGCCGUCCUGCCCGAGUACCACCUGACAUCCUGGUGUCCCGAGCACCCGUCCUUCGUGGCCGCGUGCGCCGAAUCCUCGGCCGACAACAGCUACCUGGCUCGGUACCAAGCCCUAGCGUGUGAGCUUAACAUCAACAUCGUGCCGGGGACCAUUUGCGAGGUUCACCCUGCUUCUUCUUUUUCUUCUUCUUCUUCUUCUUCUUCUUCUUUUCAGGGCAAGGAACCGCCAAGCGACGAUGGCGACAGCGGCAAGCAAGAACCCGCCACCUGGAAGGGGCAGCCCAUCGAAAUCCGCAACAUGGCCUACUGGAUCUCCGCCUCCACCGGCGACCUGGCCGGUUCCUACCAAAAGAUGAACCUCUGGCAUCCCGAACGGCCGCACCUCACGGCGGGGGACAUCAAGCGACACCGGCCCCACCGGGCCUUUGACACCCCCUUUUUGAAGCCCGGCCCCAACGGGACCCAAGUUCCUAUCCGGGCGGGCCUCCUCAUCUGCUGGGACCUUGCCUUUCCCGAAGGCUUCCGCGCCCUGGUUGCCGACGGCGCUGACAUGAUUAUUGUCCCGUCGUACUGGUGGGUGACGGCGGUGGAUGAGAAUUCGGCCAAGAUCAGCCGCGAUGCGGAAAAGAUCUUUUUGGGGAGCGUGUGUGUGACGAGGGCGUGUGAGAACACGGCGGCGAUUGUGUUUUGUAACGCGGGCGGGAUGAGCCAGGUUGCGUUACCGCUCAAGGGGGUGUUGCCGCCGGUCGGGGAAGAGUGGGAUGGAAAGAAGGGCGUGAUGGGCGCGGAGACGGAGGAGAUGCAGAUUGUGGAUGUCGACUUUGAGGUGUUGAGGGUGGCGGAGGAGGAUUACAAGGUUCGGAUGGAUAUGGGUGGGAAGGGCUGGCAUUAUGAUUAUACGCUUUGGAGGGAUGGCCCCAAGGAGUAGGAGAAGGGCGGGUAGUAGUGAUAGCUGAAGGGAAGGGUGUUUGUGUGCAAUCCGCGUGAUGAUGAUGGGAUGUCGCCUGCUCCCAUAUUUUGGUGUCUCGAGUGAGUCGCCGUGAAGGACCAUCCGAAGCAUCUGCGUUUGCACUUUGCAGUCUUGAUGACCCUACGUCAUUCAAGCUCAUUCAUCCCAUUCGUGUACGUCCACAUCUCAGCCUCGUCAAAUUCCCACUGUCGAC